CUAGUUUUUGGGUGCGGUAGAACAGUCUCCUAUAUUAUAGACGACCUAAAUUAUUAGUGAUAUACUAAUUUCUCCAACACUUUUUAGGGGUUUUGGUGCUGAAGGUGUUACGUCGUUCCUGCAUUAACUUCUGCGAUCCUCUUUCACUGGAAGAUCGCGUCUCACAUUUUAACAGAGACACUCCAGUCACCAGUCAUGGCUUCUGUCAGUAGCUGUAACACAGCAUUUUCCUUGGAGCUGUAUCGAGUUCUGCGUCAGAACAACACAGGGAACAUUUUCAUCUCCCCCUUCAGUAUCAGCUCUGCUCUGGCCAUGGUCUAUCUGGGAGCUAGGGGAGACACAGCCACUCAGAUGGCAAAGGCCCUGUCUUUCAACUUGACUAAAGACGUUCACACCGAUUUCCAGACACUCAAUGCAGUUAUCAACUCACCCGCUGCGUCUUAUAUCCUCAAACUGGCUAACCGUCUGUAUGGAGAAGAGACCUUCGGUUUCCUUACUGAUUACUUGGAAUCAACUCACAAGUUCUAUCACGCAGACAUGAAGGCAGUGAACUUCCUUGGAGCUGCAGAGGAGUCCAGGGCCCAGAUCAACAGCUGGGUGGAGCUGCAGACAGAGAAUAAAAUCAAGGAUCUUCUCAAGCCUGGGACAGUCAGUAGCAUGACAACACUGGCCCUAGUCAAUGCCAUCUACUUCAAGGGAAACUGGCUGAACAGAUUUGACCAGAAAGAGACCCAAGAGAUGCCUUUCAAACUAAACCAGAAUGAGAGCAAGCCGGUUCAGAUGAUGCACCAAAUGAAGAAGUUCCCCUUCAACUAUGUUCCAGACUACAACCUGCAGAUCGUUGAGCUUCCAUAUGUAGACGAGGAGCUGAGUAUGUUUGUCCUGUUGCCAGAGGAGGCCACUGACGGAGCCGAUCCCCUAGUGAAGCUGGAGAGAGAGCUGACUGUGGAUAAACUGGAUGAGUGGACCAGAAGGGAAAACAUGGACACGGGCACUGACAUCAUAGUUCAUCUGCCUAAGUUCAAACUGGAAGAGGAGUACAAGCUGAUUGAGCCCCUGGUCGCGCUGGGCAUGAAGGUUGUGUUCACAGGUGGGCUGGCUGACCUUUCUGGGAUGAAUGGGAAGGGAGGGCUCUUCCUGUCUACUGUGGUACAUAAGGCCUUUGUGGAGGUGAAUGAGGAGGGGACAGAGGCUGCGGCUGCCACUGCUGGGAUGGUAUCGUUCUGUAUGCUCCGAGAGGAACACUUCACCGCAGACCACCCCUUCCUCUUCUUUAUCAGGCACAACAAAACCAAAAGCAUCCUCUUCCUUGGCAGAUUCUCCUCUCCUCAGUAGAGGAGUAUAGUAAAUGUAGACAGGAGAGAUAAUAAAUAAUAACAUAUCUGUAUAUGUGCUGGAUCUAGACAAUAUUGUCAAUGACAUUGGUUAUUCCAAUGUAAAAAAUAAAAUAAGG